AUUUAUUGCAGGAAGUACUAUGAUGCUGUUCAUAAUUUCACUUGAGCUGUCCAUUGCAAAGACAAAGGUAUACUUGCCCUUAAUUCUUAGCGUGCUGGGCUUGGAGCUGAUUUUAUCACUGGUGUGCCUUCUAAUUUACACAGUAAGAAUAUCCAGGUUCAAUAGGAGUCAGCCGGGCCCUGAUAUCAAUCAGGAGGACAGAAUGCAGGAAGGUUGGAUAAGUCAGAACAUCAUUAAUUUGGAAACAGGAUUCAGGGAAGGUUCCAGGUUGGAAGAAAUUGUGGAAAAGCAAGCAGAUCUCAUAGAAUACUUGAAGCUGCACAAUGCUCAGCUAAGUAAGCGAUUGCUCUCACUGACUUCCCAACAAAUAAGAGACUAACGGGAAUUCUGCACUGCUAAAUAAAUGCUGACAAUGCUUUUCAAAGAAAAAAAGUACAUUUUAAGUCCUCAAAAUAAAGUGAAAGUUUUUGGAUUGACCUCAAGUUUAUUGCUACAAUCAGUUUACCAUUUUGAAAUUGUCGGGAAGCCAUGGAAAAGAUGCUGCUGAAUCUUACAGUGUAGGUCCUAGUCACAGAAAACUGCAUGUUAUAUAAACCAUAGAAGUGAGCAUCAUAAAAUUGUUAGUGUUUUACUCAUAAACAAGCUGAAGUUAAAAUCUGUCUGUUAGGUCAUGUAGUUGUGGUGUCUGCUUCUCUUAUUCAUUGCAACUGAAUACCUUUUAACAUUUAUAUAAAGGUAGUUUUCAUUUUUAUGCUUCGCGAUGGGUUGCAUUGUUUACUGAGGAACACAUGGUGUGAUGUGUGUUCCUUUCCGGCACUGAUAUUUUGUACAAUUAUGACACUUUGUAACAAUACAGAGAAAAAAGUUUAUUGGCUUAAUCAGGACUGAAUUUUUGGUAUUUCAUUCCUCAUUCGGUUAGCAUUGCCGCCUCACAGCAAGAGGUUCUCCAGUUCGAUCCUCGGCUGGCGUGCCUUCUGUGUGGAGUCUGC